UGGCAGGGAUUUCAAAGGCAGGCAGAGAGCGGUCUGUUUACAAAUAAUGGUUCAAACUCUAAGUUGGUGUUGACGCGAUUAUUUUCGUUUUUACCCCGUGAUACGUUCGUCCUAGUAACUUUUGCCAUGGCUUCCCCGAAAGACAGGAGCCCGGCGAUCGACAGGAUCAGUUUCAGCGACCUGAUGCAUCGGCUGUCGAUCAGCGAAAAGGAAUUUAAUAACGCCUCCAUGGCCGACCUGGAGGAGUUCUUGCGGGUGGAGGAACUCAAAGUCAGGAACUGCGGCAGAGAACUGUCAGCGAAUCACGUUAGCCAUGAGCAGGAGCUGCCCGGACGAAAGACCUUGUAUCUCAGUGCCCCUAAGUUCGGAAGUCCUGCGCAGCUUCAGGAUGUUAAUAGCCUGGAUUCCUCGGCAGGGAGCAGCUCCAUCCCCUUCUCCUUCGGCCUCCGGUCCCCUGGGAAAGUGUCACCAUUACGAGGGCGAACCAUGAAGGAAUACGAGGAGCAGCUGGGCAAUUUGAAAAAGGAGAACUUCUCCCUGAAGCUGCGUAUCUACUUCCUUGAGGAGAAGAUGGGUCAGAAGUAUGAUAAGGAAGAUAAGGAGGGAUUAUACAAGACCAACAUUGAACUCAAGGUUGAAGCAGAGGCACUGAAGCGUGAAUUAUGUGAAAAGCAAGAUUUGGUCAGACAGGCGUCGACGGCGCUGACAGGAUUAGAACAGCAGUAUCAGGAUAAGGUGGCCCAGAUGAAAGUCAUUCAUGAACAAGAAAAGGAUGAACUACAAGACAAAAUUGAACAACUGCAGAAGAAUGUGAAUGAAUAUGCUGAACGAGUGCGAGAGGGUGGAAGCCAGCUGGGAGAGUUGACCCAACUUUGUGGGUUAGCCUUCAGUACUGGAACGGAAGAGGAGGAUCCCUCUGGGUUAGGAGGGUCAUCCCAAGACACCAUGAGUCUUCCUCUCCAGUUCCCAAAACCUAGCAACAGCUUUUUGUCACCAUCCCCCAUGCAAGGAUUGUUCAGUAUGCCAACACUCCCAUCACCACGCAGUGGUUCUAGUAGAAAUUCACAACUACUUCCUCUUGAUGCCGAGGCUACUAAGGAUACAAGUGAUACAGAAAACACUCAACAAAGAGUGGCAUCUCUGCAAGCUAAGGUGGCAGAGCUGCAAGAAAGAGUAACGGAACUGGAAGGUGAAUUAGCUGCCAAAGAAGAAACUAACAACGCACUAAAAGGAGACCUUGCCAACUUAGAGAAAGAGUUGGUAGAAAAACUAGAGAAAAUUGGAGAAUUAGAAGCGGAGGUGUCAGAGAAAGACAUGAAAAUAGAUGAUGUAAUGCAGGAACUGGAAACCAGACACAUGGAGAUAAAAGCUAAGGAUGAUGAAAUAGAAACAUUAACUCAAGGUUUAAUUAAGGCUGAGCCAGAAAUUGAGGUGAAGGUACAAGAGAUAGUAGAGCGAGAUCGAAUCAUUGAGGAGAAAAUUGAACAAAUAGAACAGCAAAAUAAGAUCUUAGUUGAAAUUCAAAUUACACUUGAUGAAAAACAAAAGCAGAUUGCAGAUAUGGAACACAAAAUUUCUGAAUCUUCAGAGAAAAUAAAGAAACUCACCGAAGAACAAGAAAAGUCCUUAAAGGUUAUCCAGGCAUUUGCAGAAGAAGUGGAAGCAAGAGAUAAAGAAAUAGCCACUCUGAAAAAGGAAGUGAAACGCAAGGAGAAGAAGAUUCGGGAUUUAGUUGCCGAACUAAAGGAGGCUUUAGAUAUGUUGAACAAAGCCAAGUGGGAAGCAGAAACUAGUGGUGGUGAAGAUGGAGUGAAAGAAAUGGCAGAGGAGGAAAAUGAGCGUUUGUGGGCAGAAUUAGAAUCAAGGAAGAAUGAGGUUUUGGCACUGCGAGCAGACCACAAGCAUGCGCUUUCAGAAGCUGAAGCUAGAAUUAAAAACCUUCAAGAUAAAUUAGAUGAAAUGGCCAAAUCCCUUGAAGCAGAAAAAGAGAAGCGUACCAAAGAUGUAGAAGAGCGUGAAGCCCGUCUCCAAGAACAGGCUCAGCAAGUUGCUCGCCUAGAAGUGCAACUGCAAGCACUGCAUGGUGAUGUAACAAAUAGGGAGGGCCAGCUUCGUUCCAACCAAGAUCUUGUGCAAGAACUGAAGGAUGAACUUGCCUCUGCUAAAGAGAUGUUGAAGGAAAAGAAGGCAGAGUUAGAGGGUCUACAAGAUGAGCUCAGGAAAAAGAAUGCAGACAUGCAGGAUCUGGUCAACCAUGAAUUAUGGGAAAGAAACAAAGAGGUUGAAAAACUCCAAGAAAAGCUCACUGCACUGACAGCUGAUCGUCAGCAACAAGUUGAAUCACUGAAAGGUGAAUUAGAAACCAAAAAUAAUGAAGUCAGAAACUUGAAAACUAGGCUGGGUGUUGAGGAAAAUGAAGUAGUUGCAGCCAACCCCAAAGUGAUUUGGACUUAUCCAAACACCACCCAGGCUGGCACGGUUCCAACAGGUGAUCAUUCAAAGAAUGCAACUCACUUGACUGUAAUUGCAAACUCAGGGGGUGCUGAUGUUGUUAACGUUAGUCGACCAUUACAUGUUAAUCUUGCUGAUGAUAGUUAUGCAUCAAUGCAAAUGCUUUAUCAAGAAAUGAGUAAAAUCAGGAGUGAGGCACAGGCACUGCGGUUGGAAAGGACAAUUCUGAAUGAUAAACUUUCACACCUUCAGCAAUGGCAUGAGCAAAUUAGCAAAACAACUGAUGCAGCUAAAGCUAAUGAGCUGCAUGAACAAAUAAAUAGUGUAAGAAAACAGUUAGAAGAAAGUAAAGAAGAAAAUAUUCAAAAAGAACAGAAGCACGGGGAAGUUGUUUGUGACUUCCAGGCCCAAGUACAAACGCUACGUAAUGAGCUUCACAAUGCUAAGAAAAAGAUCAAUAAACAGCUAACUGAAGUCAGUGUUCGAAAAUAUCAUGAAACUCUGAAGAGGCAUAAGCAAGAAAUUGCAUCACUCAGAAAGCGACUAGCAGACUCCCACAAUGCCUGUGAUCUUCUUAGAACUAGACUUGAAGAACUUGCAGACUUCUUAGAAAGGAUUCUAGAAAUGGACGAGAAAGGUUUGAUCAAUUUGAGUCAGCUGUCACCCAAACAACUGGCAUCACUGCACAAAACACUGAAUGAGUCGAGAGCACUUUCUCGAUCCUUAUCACAAUCUUUGAUGAUUGGUAUGGAAACUAUUGACCAUGGUGAUGAUACUCUCUUAUCCAGUUCUGUAAGUUCAGUGUCAUCUUGGAGUUUACACAGGGAAGACAGCCUCUCUGAAACACAUGACCCAUUGGGAACAAGUAGUCAUGAGGCUAUAGCAAGUCUUCCUGAAGACAGCAUUUUACCUCCAGAAGACUCUCAUGAUCCGGCAGUGCAAGCUUUAGCCACCCAACUAAACAGCCAGAUAGAUCAAAAGACAAGGGAAAUUGAUGCCAUAGCUGAAAAUGUUUGUGCUCUUAGUGAACAGUUAGCAGAGAGAACGAGGCAGGUUGAACAGCAAGCAGGUGUUAUUGGCGAACUUAGGGGACAGGUUGGUCGAUUGCAAGAUGAAGUUCGUAGCAGGGAUCUCCAGCUUAUGGCAUCUCGUGCUGAUCCUGAUCAAGGAAGUGUACAAAGUAAUCUACAUGGAUCUUGGCACAGCAGUAGCAAUCCUCUUGCAGCAUCUUCCCAAAGCACCGUUCAUGCAUCAUCCCCUCAAACUACCGUACGUGCUCAUGACUCCAGUAGUCAAGAACGUCUGCGUAAAUCCCCGAGCACGUGUUCUGACACUUUACCUCCGCCUCCUCUUCACCUCCUACAGGACAGUGAGUGUGAAGAUAUACCUCCAGGUAUUAGGGAAAUGGAGAUUUGUCACACUUCUGACCGAAGUAGUUUAAGCGCUGUUAAAAGUGCAUAUUCAACUGAUGCUGCUAUCAAGGCAUACAGUGGCCACCCUGGUUAUUUCCAGCAACUCACAACACCUAGUGAACGCAGUCGUUUAGAUCGACGUAGGUCGUGGGGAGAGAGCGGAAAUGCAGCCGCAGGAAGUGUUAUACCUGAACAGCCGUGGGCUCCAGUGUCACCUUCAGAAAGUGAAGCUUGGAGUGAACCUGAUAGAAAUGUGUCCCUUGCAAGAAUAGGGCUUGAUGCGUGUACUCUUGGAGGAGCACCAGACAGAGCAUUAUCCAGAUCUAGACAGCAAAGGGCAUCUGCAAUUACUUCAGAAUCUGAUGGUGAUGCAGCACAAGAUGAUACAACUACAUGUACUGUUAAUCCAUCUUCUACACCUGGAAAAACACCAAAGAGACGUUCCGAUAUUGCAGAGUUGCGCAGAGUGUCUACUAAACUACGUGCUGUGGAACAGUUAAAUGAUACACUAAGAGCAGAGUUGAAUAUUUAUCAGACUUUAAGCCAACAAAUGGCACCCCAAAAUAAUGAUCAACAUCAGAGACCGAAGACAAGUGAUAAGAGCGUUGAAACCUAUAAAGGCCAGACAGUCGAUGCGUCUGUAGGAGCAGAAGAUUCUCCGGGAGCUGCACCAUCACCUGUGUUUACUAUACCAGCACCUUUGAUGGAAGAAAUCCGUGCAUUGCGUUUGAAGCUAGAGGAAGCCAUAUCUAACAAUGAUCACCUCAGAGACCAGUUGGAGGCUGCUUUGACAGCUCAUCCUCAGGACGAAGCACGAUUCCAUCAUCUUACAGCUGCUCUACAGACUGCCCAAGAGGAAGUACGUGAUGCCAGAGAUCGCUUGCAAGGAUCACAAGAAAUCAUCCAUGAACAGCAAGAGCAGUGCAACAGACUUCAACAGAGGGUUCAGGGUUACGAAGUCCAAGUGACAGAAUUGCAUCAGCAACUAGAAGACACAAGGAAAGAUGCUGCAGUUGCUAAAUUAGAUCUCAGCAAUGCCCAACAAAUAAUCAAGGAAAGGGACAGUGUAAUUCAGCAGUGCAAUUCUCAGAUUUCAGAAAAUGAACAGAUUAUAAAAGAGUAUAUAGAAAAGGUGUUCACUUUAGAAAGAACUAUUGCUAAGAAUCCAGACAAUGACAGUCGAGUGAAAGAACUUGAGUUGGAGUUACAAAAGCAAGAAGCUCGUUUACUUCAGGUGAAUAAAGAGCGUUUGUCAUUGGUUGGAGAGCGCGCUAGUCUUCAAGCCAAACUUGCGUCUGUAUCCACGCAAGCACGGUUACUACAGGAUGACCAACAAGAUGAUGAAGGUGUAGACAAAGAGAGACUUUCUUUACACAUCACGGUUACUUCCCUACAAGAAGAGCUGCAGAAGCUGGAGAGUGAAAAUCAAGAGUUAAAGAGACAGCUAGAGAAGUUCCACAUAAGGCAUGAUCUCAUGAAGUCUAGUCAGACCAAUACCUCCAUUCAAGAUGUGGAACAAGAUAAAGUGAGGUUACAGGAUGAUUAUGCAGCUUUGCAACAAGCUUUUGUUGAACUCCAGUUAAAAUCAAAACAGCAAGAGCAACAAUUAUCAUCAUUGGUGGAGAAACAGAGGUUAGAAGACACUUCGAAUGUUUGCUUAAUGGAACAGAAGACACUAGUUAAGCAGUUAACAGCACAACUGGAAUCUGAACGCUGUCUUACAAGUAACCUACAGCUACGGUUAGAUACUCUCAGAGCCGCUGCAUCACCAUCAGUUUCCCAUGCAGAGGAUUGUGACCUGGCAUCUCCAGAAAGUGUCACAAGUAUAGAAUUCUUCCGCCCAGUGUCUCAAGAUGCGAGUGAACUAAGAAACAGGAGACAGACUUCUCUGGGACCCCCCUCAUCCCUAGAAAAAGAAAGAGUUAAGGAACGCCGUGCCUCCAGUGCUAGUAGAAAACGUGAUGGCAGUAAAAGGAUGAACACACACUGGAGUGAAGAUAAAGAAAACUUGUACACGACAACAACUACGAUUACUACUACGACAACUAGUAGCAAACAAGGUCGCCAUUACAGUGCAUCAAACAAUAGUAUUUUAACUAAUCAAGCUGCAGUUUUACCUCGACAACCAGACGACGAAGUUGAUGGAGGAACGACCUCGGGCGAGUCGCCCGAUUUAGGUAUAGGAUCUGAUUAUCAUUUUUCAAGUUUGGAGAGAGGCACCCAUACUCUUCGUUCUGUUGUACAAGCAGGCCAAGAUCUCCCACCGACUUCGCUGUGCUCCGAGCCUAUCAACGUCUGCGACAAGAGCGGGACUCACUCUCAGGAAAACUGGCUUCUACGAAAGAAAUUCUCAAAGACACUUUGGACAAACUCUCCAAAGCCAAUCAGCGUAAGGAGUGUGUUGAAAGAGCAAUCUGCAAGCAGUUAACCAAGACCCAUAAUGUUCUCAAAAAGACAAAAGGCCCCUUAAAACAGCCAAACUCUCUUCCUCAGUAGAUAUCCUAAUACUUCCUACAGAAUUUUUACUUUUCACUUUCAGAAAAGUGAUCAAUGUGAGUUCUUUUUAUGAUACAAGUCAAUUCUUUUCAUAAUUGGCUCAUAUAAAAUAAAUUCUUUAUUGCUGUUGUGUGUGGGUUCAGGACAAACUUUAUUUGGUACAGUAAUAAACUGAACUAAGACUCCUCAAGUAAUUUUCUAAAAUAUGGAGGUGAUGAAGAUAGCAUCAACUGAUUUAACUUUUUAAAUAGGUAACAUACUUUACCUAUGCAUGCUAUGCUAUCAGAUGUGCCGUC